UCUUCAUCGUCUAAUUCUUAAAUAAUUUCCUUUAUUUCUAAAUAGUAACUGUCUUAUGUUUUUUGUUUUUAUUAAGGAAAUAUAUUUGUUUCCUUUUUUAUUUUUUAUUAUUUUAUUCAUCUGUCUAUAUUAUUGUUUUUUAUUCAUUUUUUAUAUUAUUUUCAUUUAAAUUGGUCAAAAUUAGAUUGCAUUUUUUAAAAUAUUUUUAUUUUAUGUAUUAUUUAUUAUAUAAAAAAGGCUAUUUUAUAUCUUACAUUAUUUUUAUUUCUUCCUCAAAGUUUUUAUCUGAAAAAAACAAAAAAGUUGGAUUCCUAAAAAAGGUAAGAAAAAUGACCUUUUUAAUAUCUAUUAAGCCCAGCUUUUCCGUAAUGCAUAUUGUUAAGAAACUCGAAAAUUUAAUAAACCUAUUAAAUGAAUUAUUGAAAAAUAACCAAUUGUGGAAUAUAUUGUAGCUUUUAUUUGACUGUUUUUGCAUAAUAAUAUUAUUUUUGAUCUGUUUUGUAACCAUUUUUCCUCAGUUUUAUAUAUAAGAAGAGGAUUUAUGGAUAAAAUUUCUUUAAGUUAAUUGAUUCGU